CUAGCUAGGAAUCAUGAUAACUUGGAAGGAUAUAUACGAUGUACUGGCGGCAAUAGUGCCGCUGUACGUAGCGAUGGGGCUGGCGUACGGAUCGGUGAAGUGGUGGAAGAUAUUCACGCCGGAGCAGUGCUCAGGAAUAAACCGGUUCGUGGCGGUGUUUGCAGUUCCGCUUCUGUCGUUCCACUUCAUAUCAUCAAACGACCCGUACGCAAUGGACUACAAGUUCAUCGCCGCAGACUCGAUGCAGAAGUUGGUGAUACUGGGGGCCCUGUUCCUGUGGCAGGCGCUGAGCAAGGGGCAGUGCACGCUGGAGUGGGUGAUUACAAUAUUCUCUCUGGCGACCUUGCCAAACACCCUGGUGAUGGGGAUCCCAUUGCUGUCCGCCAUGUACGGGGACGCAUCGGGAGGGCUGAUGGUGCAGAUCGUGGUCCUCCAGAGCGUCAUCUGGUACACCCUCAUGCUCUUCAUGUUCGAGUACAGGGGAGCCAAGCUCCUGAUCUCGGAGCAGUUCCCGGAAACGGCGGGAUCAAUCACCUCCUUCCGGGUGGACUCGGACGUGGUCUCCUUGAACGGGAGGGAGCCCCUGCAGGCGGAUGCUGAGAUCGGUGACGACGGAAAGCUCCACGUGAUGGUGAGGAGGUCGAGCGCGGCGUCAUCCAUGAUCUCAUCCUUCAGUAAGGCAGGGGGCGGCGGAGGAGGGUUCAACUCUAUAACCCCUCGGGCAUCUAACCUGACCGGGGUGGAGAUAUACUCGGUGCAGUCGUCAAGGGAGCCCACCCCAAGGGCCUCCAGCUUCAACCAGAUGGAUUUCUAUGCCAUGUUCGGUGCUAGCAAUAGCAUAGUCAACAGCAAGGCCCCCAGCCCAAAGCACCAUCUCCACCAUAACAACAACAGCAUCCCCCCGCCGGCCUCUGCUGCCGAUGUCUACUCCUCCUUUCAGUCCUCCAAAGGAGCCACCCCCAGGACUUCCAACUUCGACGACCCCCCCACUACUCAUCAUUCCAAGAAAAGAUCGUCUUCAUCUGGCGGCGGUGGUGCAGGGAGGAGCAUCAGCGGAGAGCUUCUGUUUAAUCCGGCUCUAGGAGGGGCAUACCCGUCCUACCCGCCACCAAACCCCAUGUUUACGGCAGCAGCUGCCAGCUCCACUGCUGGAGCCAAUAAUAAUACUAGUAGUAAGAAGCCCAAGGAGAUGGCGGCUGCUGCCAAUAACAAGGAGCUGAACAUGUUUGUUUGGAGCUCCAACGCGUCCCCUGUUUCUGAUAAUCCCGGUUCCAGGGCAGCUAGAUCAGGACAACUAGGAGGAGGGAGCAAUAGUAAUAAUAGUAGUAAUGGGGCACCACCAUCACCCAUAUUCCAGAAGAGAAUGGAACCGGAGGAGGAGAUGGAAGGAGGAGAAGCUGCAGGCAGCAAGGAGAUGAUGUCGCCAGCGUCAGGGGGAGAUCACCAUGAUCCAAGAAGCGCAGGCUCAUCCGCAGGCGUCAAAGCAGCAGCUGGUAAUGGUAGCAGUAGGCAGCAGAUAAUGCCUCCUGCUAGCGUGAUGACACGGCUCAUACUCAUAAUGGUGUGGAGGAAGCUGAUCCGCAACCCGAACACGUACUCCAGCCUUCUGGGAGUCAUAUGGUCUCUGGUUUCCUACCGAUGGCACAUCCAGAUGCCCUCCAUCGUCAAGGGCUCCAUCUCCAUACUCUCCGAUGCUGGUCUCGGCAUGGCUAUGUUCAGUCUAGGUCUCUUCAUGGCCUUGCAACCCAAAAUCAUAGCAUGCGGUAAGAGGAAGGCAGCAUAUGCAAUGGCAGUCAGGUUUUUGACUGGUCCAGCUGUCAUUUGUGCAGUCUCUCUUCCUAUUGGACUCCGCGGAACUCUUCUACACGUCGCUAUUGUUCAGGCGGCUCUACCCCAGGGCAUAGUCCCGUUUGUUUUUGCCAAGGAGUACAAUGUCCAUGCUGACAUACUUAGCACUGCGGUUAUCUUUGGAAUGUUGAUUGCCUUGCCAAUAACAAUUCUCUACUACGUCUUACUUGGUGUGUGACAGCCAAUUAAUUUCAUGUGUUCGUAAAUUAAAUCAGCCGGCGCCCAGCUUCAAGAUGCGAAACAUGCAUGCACCGGAGAUAUCUCAAAUGCCGUGCCACAUCUAAAUGAUCACCAUAUAUAUGUAUCAACUUUUUUUCUUUUGAAAAGUAUAUAUAUAUAUGUGGAUAAUGAUGAUCAAGAGAACAAAUUAUUCACUUCAGCAUAUUUUAAUAAACCGGCGUGGAGUAUCCACAUGCAUCCAUAU